CCGCCUCCGCCCUCUUUCCCCUGCCGCUGCCCGCCCGCCUGGCCCCACGGGCACAGCCCGUCGGAGGUGAGGGAGCCGCGCUGCCCCCCGGCCGGCCGCCCCCCGCGCCGCUCCGGGGCGCUAUGAGCCAUGAAGCCGCCUGGCAGCAUCUCCCUGCGGCAGCCGCGCUGCGGCCGCCGCCUCUCCGCCGCCUGCCACCUCACGGUCCUGCAGCUUCUCCGUCGCCUCGUCUCGCUGCUUCUGCUCCUCCAUGGCUCAUCCUGUCUCCUGGCCCGCGCGGGCGCAACGGCCACCGACCUGCACUGGAAUGAAACAGCGGGCGGUAUAGAGGGAGUACUGGCAGAUGAAGAGAAUACAUUUGAAGAGAAUAAAAGCAGUAACAGUAGAAAUAACAGCUACAGUGGUGCAAUCCAGAAAGAAAUCACACUGCCUUCAAGAUUAAUUUAUUACAUUAAUAGAGACUCUGAAACCCCUUACCAUAUCCUGGAUACCAGGGCAAAGCACCAGCAGAAACACAACAAGGCUGUACAUCUGGCCCAGGCAAGUUUCCAGAUUGAGGCCUUUGGCUCCAAAUUCAUCCUUGACCUCACACUGAAUAAUGACUUGUUAUCUUCAAAUUAUGUGGAGAUUCACUAUGAAGAUGGAAAACCAAAGUUUUCUAAGGGUGGAGAGCAUUGCUACUACCAUGGAAGUAUCAGAGGUAUCAAGAAUUCUAAAGUUGCUCUUUCAACUUGCAAUGGACUUCAUGGCAUGUUUGAAGAUAGUACUUACUUGUACUUGAUAGAGCCAAUGGAUCUGACCCACAGUGCAGAAAGUAAAAGUAGGCCACAUAUCAUCCGAAGAACUUAUGGAACGCAAGCCUCCAAGCAUUUGCAAGACCUUGAGACUGAAUCUAGUUCUGAAUGGCCCUUUCUGUCUGAACUACAGUGGCUGAGGAGAAAGAGAAGAAAGAGAGCAGUAUCUCGUGGUAUCUUUGAAGAAAUGAAAUACCUGGAGCUCAUGAUAGUCAAUGAUCAUAAAAUGUUCAAAAAGCACCGUUCUUCAAAUGCAUACACAAACAAUUUUGCAAAGUCUGUGGUAAACCUUGUAGAUGCUAUAUACAAGGAACAGCUGAACACUAGGGUGGUUCUUGUUGCUGUGGAAACUUGGACAGACAAAGAUCGUAUUAAUAUUCACCCUGAUCCUCUGCAGAUGCUUCAUGAUUUCUCCAAAUACCGGCAGCACUACAUCAAACAGCAUGCUGAUGCUGUACACCUGUUAUCGAAUGUGACGUUUCAUUACAAAAGGAGUAGCUUGAGUUACUUUGGAGGGGUUUGCUCUGUGACCAGAGGAGUAGGAGUGAAUGAGUAUGGCCUCCCUUUGGCCAUGGCACAGGAACUAGCACAAAGUCUUGCUCAGAACCUUGGAAUACAAUGGGAGCCAGCUGCAAGGAAACCAAAGUGUGAUUGCACUGAAUCCUGGGGUGGUUGCAUCAUGGAGGAAACAGGGGUAUACCAUUCCAGGAAAUUCUCCAAAUGCAGCAUUGCAGAAUAUAAAGAAUUUUUACUUCGUGGGGGUGGUGCCUGUCUUUUCAACAGACCAACAAAGCUCUUUGAACCUACUGAGUGUGGAAAUGGAUAUGUAGAAGCAGGAGAAGAAUGUGAUUGUGGCUUUCGAAUGGAAUGCUAUGCAGACUGUUGUAAGAAGUGUUCUCUUUCUAAUGGAGCUCAUUGUAGUGAUGGACCCUGCUGUAAUACAUCAUGUCUUUUUUUCCCACGAGGCUAUGACUGUCGAUAUGCAGUGAAUGAAUGUGAUAUUGCAGAGUUCUGCACUGGAGAUUCUGGGCAGUGCCCACCAAAUCUUCAUAAACAAGAUGGGUAUGCCUGUGAUUCUAAUCAGGGUCGUUGCUAUAAUGGUGAAUGCAAGACCAGAGACAAUCAGUGCAAAUAUAUCUGGGGAUCUAAGUCUUCAGGAUCUGACAAAUUCUGUUAUGAAAAACUUAAUACAGAAGGCACUAAAAAGGGAAACUGUGGAAAAGAUGGAGACCGAUGGAUUCAGUGUAGCAAACAUGAUGUUUUCUGUGGCUUUUUGCUCUGUACUAAUCUUACUAGAGUUCCACGAGUUGGUCAAGUUCAAGGAGAAAUUACCCCAAAUUCUUUUUAUCAUCAAGGACGAAUAGUGGACUGCAGUGGUGCUCAUGUUCUUUUAGAUGAUGAUACAGAUUUAGGUUACGUGGAGGAUGGAGCUCCAUGUGGACCUCAAAUGAUGUGUCUGGACAAAAAGUGCCUGCCAAUUCAGUCCUUGAACAUAAGCAGCUGUCCCAUUGGUUCUAAUGGAAAAGUCUGUUCAGGUCAUGGGGUUUGUAGUAAUGAAGCCACUUGCAUUUGUAAUUUCUCCUGGGCUGGGACAGACUGCAGUAUUGAUGAUCCUAUCAGGGAUACUGGUACCAAGAAGGACGAGGGACCCAAGGGUCCUAGUGCCACCAAUCUUAUAAUAGGCUCCAUCGCUGGUGCCAUCCUGGUAGCAGCUAUUGUCCUUGGGGGGACAGGAUGGGGCUUUAAGUUAUCAGAUGUUUGUAUGAACAUACAGUACUGUGGUGUCAAGUCCAUGUCAAACAUUAAUGGAUGGACCACAGACUUACCUAGAUGUAACACACCAAGUUUUCAGCUGGUCUCUGCAGAUGCAUUUAGACCCCCCCAAAAGUUUCUGCAAGAAAUGUCAAAAAAAGAAGGUUUGAUCCAAGUCAGCAAGGCCCUAUCUGAAGAAGGGCCAUUCAAAAAGCUGCUUCUUGCACUACUGGAUUUUGGAUAUAACAUCUUUGGUGUAGCUGCACAGGAACUAAAUCAGCAAGGAAGAACAUGAGAAACAGUCACUAUAAAUACAGUGCUGGGAUGUUAGGAUUUGAGGUGGUAGAAGACUGUCCUUUUUGGAGAUAAGUUCAAAAUACUUCCUCUAUUCACUUUCUCUUGUUAACAGUAACUGACAAAUGUUACAAGCAAACUCCUUCAGAAUCAGGUGGGGUUUUUUUUCUUUCCUCAAAACAAAGGAGGAGACACAGUCCAAGUGCAAUAAGAGAACUGAUCCAAAACAAUGAAAUAGCAGGUAUUUUUUCCCCCCCAGCCUGCCAGCACUCUUAACUUCACUUGAGUUCGCAUGACUUCCUUUUUCUUAUCAAACUCCAGUGGCAUGAGGAGCUAAUUUUGAAAGGGUAACCUGCAUGGCUCACAUACAAACAACCAAACUAGCAAGCUGACUCCAAGCAGAAUCUGCAGCCCAAUAAAUGCAAACCCCAGGGAAGCCGAUGCCAGGCUCUGAUAGCUUUGCCAGCCACACAGUACCAUCUGUUGCUGGACUUCAGAGUUCCCUGCUCUGUGAGCUUGCUGUCCACUUUGUUUUGGUCUCCUGGGCCAGGAGUCUGCUGGGUAUGGAAGUAUCAAGUGAUGGAUGCAAUUCUUCCAAGAAGGAAAAAGUGUAAAUAUGGAAAUAAGAUUUUGACGUAUCAUUUUCACAGAUUAUAUAUAAAUAUAUGUAUGGGAGAAAAGGAUUUCCCUAUAAAAAGGUUCUAUUCUUUAUGUAAAUCUAUUUUUGAUGUUGGGGUUUGUUUUGAGUUUUUUUGCUCCCCUUUUUCUGUGUAGCAUGUUGUACAGCGGAUGUUCUGGGCUUGCUCAAAGGCGGCAGAUAAUAGCAUGCAGAUACAGGGAGUUCUGACACCAAAUAGAUGUGAGCUAAAGUUUGUAUGCUUGAAACCAAAAACAAAUUAAAAUGUAUAAAUGCAUAUCUAUGUAUUGACUGUAAGUCUGGAUUACUUUUUUUGGCUGUUAUGCAGUUUGCCACAAUACAAUGUAAGAUAAGUGACACUCUCAAACUGAUCACAAAAGUGCCAAGCUAUCUCUCUUUAUUUUUCUUUCUAAACUAUAGCCACUUUUUUUUUUCCUGUCUACAUCCUGUGAAAUAAAAACUUAAAUACGCCUUAAAAUAUUCACAAUAUGUUAAAACCUUGGAAUGAGUUACUUUUCUCUUGCCUUCUGCCCACCUAUCCAAAGGAGCUUGCAAAUGUGACUGACAUUUCUAACUCACUCCCUGUAUCUUCUGGAUGCAUAUCACUUUUCCAAGUGUAAUGCAAAAUUAAUACUGUGACUCUUGGCUACUGAGAGCUGGUUACCAUCACAAAGUGUUCAAAACCCCAUGUCAUUUUAGGGGCUUGUGUGCUGUGAUUGCUUUUUAGAUACACUUUGUGUACAUACACAGGGUUUUGCAGUGCUGGGCAGCAGAACUAUUGCCCCAACCACUAGGCUUGCCUGGGUGUAUUUGGCUUGAGAAGUGUAUGAAAAGUUUUGACCUCCCUUAAAGUAUAGAACUGUACAGUCUGGCCUAUCCUUUUCAUCUCAAUUUAAAACUUGGAUAAUCCAGUUUGUCUUAGUGAAGUGACCUGAAAAAUUCAUUGCUGCAUCUGAUAAUCAGAACUUAAAACUUUUGCCAUUUUGGAUUUAAUUUAAAAGGUGGAUAUUAGUGACAAUGGAAGUGAAUUGCUUACUCCAGCUUUUUCAGUGGAAAUCCAUUAUCUGAGUUAGCUUUAAGAGCCAAAACAGUAAGAAAAUGCUGCAGAUUUCCUGUGACUUACAAAGUUCCAUUUAGAUUAAAUUUCUUACUAUGAUAAUGGUCAAUCCGACAGUCUCGCAAGAGAACUACAUUAUAUUCUUUCAGUUGACAGUUAUUGUUUGAUGUUUUUAAACAGCUUUAACAUAAUCACAUUAACACUUACUAUGGUAUGAGUUAACGGUGCUGCAUACAGGUAGUCAACACUGGUACAUAUUGUAACUCUUACCCUGAAAAAUUCCUGCCUGGCUUCAAGCAGAACGAAGUUAGUGACGACGCUUUCACGGCAAACCAAAAAUACUUACAACUGUAUUAUUGUCCUCUAAAAGUACUUUGCCUGGGAGCAUAAUCCCUGUAUUUGUUAGGGUUCUGCUUCCAAAGCAAGUGUUACCCACAACUAAAACACUAGAAGUUACCAAAAAAAUAAGUAAAAUCAACUGGAUAUACAUAAACUACCUGUGUAAUAAACCUUUGAGAGGCAUUUCACAAACAGCAUUGUUAGUGUGUGAUGUGAUGUUUUAAAAUCAGACCACAGUGGUCCCCAACUACUAUGUACAUAUGUCCAAUGCUGGAGUAACUUUUUUAUUUACACCAGCAGUUUCAUAGGCAUUAUGAUUUCUUGACUGAAUUUUUGCUCCACUCAUCAGCCACUGUGUGUAUGUGGAAGAACACAAUUUGCUUUCUGCCCUGUGUGUACAGAACACAAGUGACAGCACGGCUUAGUGCAGGCGCAGGCUGAAGUGCUUUCUGUGGUGGUAGACAAUUAAAAACCUGUCAGUUUUCUAUAUCUCUGCUGUGCUUUGGGAAGUACAUCUGUAUUUACUGUUAAUUUUUGCAUCACAAAACAUCAGCAGCGGAAGACCUGGUCAGCACUGCCUCCACUUCAUCCACUAUGCGUUUGCUCCAUUAUUUAUCUAUUCACCUGGACAAGAAACUAUGGUAAUGCUAUAGCUCAUUCCAGUUCACUGCAUGGUCUCACUGAUUUGAUCUGAAGUCUGCUAGGCAAAUUAACAACUGUAUAGGUGCAUGUUAAAAGAAACAGAUUACUUAAGGCUGGAGUUCAACCAAUUUUUCUUUACUAUGCAAAGAUGGGUAUUGCACAAACAAUUUUAAGACAAAUGUCUGAGGAAAUGCCAUAGAAUACUUGAAGUUGCUUUUUAAACCUAAAUCAGUCAUGUUUUAUAUUCAUUAUUGCUUCCACUGUUACACUUCCUUUAAAAAUGAUUUGUAAUUAUUUUUUUAAGUGCACAACUUGAUGUUAUAUAUCAAUUUUUGUUUGAAUACUCAUUCAUAUCUUGUUGGCUGCUAAUGAAUGGAAAUUCAGUAGUCCUUGUUCUGCAUCUUAGCAAGAUGAGUAUUAAAAAUGUCAUGAACAUGGAAUGGAGUAGUUUGAUUUCAAAU